AUGUCCCAUCCCGAAAACACGCCUCCUCUGUCAGCGGGCCACUGGGGCAGCCUGUCCUACUCUAGUAGCGUACCUAACGAGGGUCCCGGCUAUCGAAAGUUGGGAGCUCACCUUGGCCCUCUCGCCAUUCCCGAAUCACUCUCCUCGGGUGUCAGUGACGUUGACUACAUGUCGCCUAUGAGCCACUCCUAUCCUCGCGACGACAUCCCGUUCCUCCACAGCCCGAAUGUCAUGUACGACAACUACAGCAGCCACGGCUCUCCCAUCCCCCAGAGCCCUGGCUCAGGCAUCCUCAUGGACCAGAGGGCUGCGCCAACGUCCUGUCCAGGUCUCGUUUACGCCGCUUCUGAGCAGAGUUCAAGUCUCACGUCCCAUAUGGACAACUUUGAGGCCCAGAUGAGCCAGAAGCUGAUGCGUGACUGCGACGGUCUGAACGUCCCUGAGAUGGAUGCCUACGGCACCAGCUGCACCUCUACCGGCUCAAUAUGGCCUUCGCCUCCCCCUGAGGAGAUGUCUCCACGCCAGACCGAGCCUACCUCUGCUCACUGGCCUACGGUGAUGGAGCCGCAGCCGAUCCACGUGAGCUCAGAGCUCAUUGCGAAGAUGCCCUUCUUCAUGGAUUACUACAAGAACACCAUGUGCCAGUCCAUGGUCUUCAUCGACAGUCCCAGCAACCCAUAUAGGGAUCACAUUCUUCAGUUGGCUCAGGCUAGCCAAAGCCUGCAACAUGCCAUCUGCGCCCUCUCAGCGUGCAACCUCCGCAUGAAGAGGCGACUCAGCCUGGGACAGGAUACACGCGAGCUGUCUGAGAAACUGAUGGCUGAAAAGUCCGCGGCCGAUGGCAUGACCGAUGCUCAGCCGGAGGAUCAGUCUCUUUCCGAAGAAUACCAGCACCGCAAUCUGGCAGUGCACCUCCUGAACCAGCAGCUCAAUGACCCUGUCAAGUCCAGCCACGACUCGGUCCUUGCCACAAUUCUCCUGCUGUGUCACUACCGUAUGGUGGAAUCGGGCAUAGCCAAAUUCCACACUCAAUUCGCAGGCGUCAAGAAGAUCCUUGCCAUCCGCCGCAGGUCGCAACAGUACGCGCCGUCGCGCGACUCGGCCUGGAUGGAGGCCAUAUUCACCUACUUUGAUGCCAUCUCGGCCAGUAUCAACGACCGCGAAGCGCAACUCACCGGCUUCUUUGGUGUUGCACCCGACGCUCCUCUCCUGCCGCCAGGCGCCGAGAACCUCGUGGGCUGCGAUCGUGAGCUCUUCAAAACUAUCAGCAAGCUUGGCCGCCUCAACCUCCUCUCACAACACCGUCCCGUUCAGAAUACCUCGAGCAGCACAUUGCCGCGCAACGUGCCGUCGCGCUCGCAGUCCCCGCUCGGCUCGCCCCUGGGCCAUGCUUACAAGGGUAGCAUCGGCAACCUCCACCAGCAGCAGCUUGGCGACAUGUACGGCCUUGGCGGUGGUCACCGCUUCGAUGGCAACGGCUUUGGCACGACACUCGAUGAUGAAGAGCCUCUCAACUCGGCCGUCUGUUCGUCUGCCUCGUACGACGAGCAGCGCAAUACGUUCUGGUGCGAGUGGAAGGAGGCACCGCCUCCGCCGCUGCAGUCGUGGGAAUUCGACGCCUCCCGCAUCCAGGCCUCGCUGCCCUCGCCGGCGACACCCUCGCAGAUCCGCGACCUUGGCUCCCUCUCCGAGGCCAACUUCCAGAACCUGGUCUCGCAGGUGGUAUACUACGCAACGUCUCUCGAGGCAGGUUCCUCUGCAGAGAAGUUCCUGCUUUGGCCUCUCUUUGUCGCGGGCAGCGAGUGCGUCAAUGAGCUGCAGCAGAACAUUGUACGCAGCAAGUGCCGAGACAUUAUGACACGAUCGGGCUACAUGAACAAUCUUGCAGCACUCGAUGUGCUCGAGCGCCUGUGGGCUGGUGACUGGAAGGAGGGGCUCGAGGCACGCAGCCCUGGCGCCGCGCGGGUUGAGGCGAUGCGCCGCGGCCCCUUCAACUGGACGCGGUGCAUCGGCGGACCUGGCGUUGAAGUUGAGUGGAUCAUGUUCUGA